AUGACGCAUGGAGGACCGUCUGUCUCUGCUUGCCUUUUUCCCAUCCGUAGCCAUGGCCGAGGCGACAAGGACAAGUGUGCGCUCAACGCAAGACAGAUUGACUCUCAGACGUUACGAGAGCUGACUGAGUACUGUGAACGAAACAUUCUGAAGAUUGAUCACUUCCUGAUGGCCGUCUGGGCGGUUAUCCUACAACAGUUCACAGAGAAUAAAACAAUCCAUAUGGGGCUCCAACAGGUCACGCUGUUGAACUCGACUUCCUCGUCAGAAAUUGGCGUGAAGAGCCGGAUGAGGACAGUCUCAAGGUCAUUCGGCCAAACUACCUCGUCGAGGGAGCUGUUUCAGGCGGACCUCUGGACGACAACUGCAGUGGAGGCUGCGUCUUUCAACACUGGGUUGGUCAUUUGCUCGCCUUGUUCGAUCUCGAUGUCCAAAAUCAUUCCCAGUAUAGGAAUGGCGACUUCUCCAUCAGACAGUACGUGCGAUGUGCUCCUUGCGUUGCACAUGGGCUCUGGGAAGGAGCUACCGACACUAUGGCUUUUGCACAGGACGAGCAUCCUGUGCGAUGAUUCCGCACAGUAUCUCGCAGACUCAAUAACCCACAUUAUCAGAUGCAUGACCCAGAGAGACGCGCUCGAUAGUAGUAGGCUAUCUACCUUGAGUGCAACACAACGGGCCAAGAUCCACGAAUGGAACAGGAAUAAGGCCGGCGGCCUGUCCUCGAAGCAUUCGUUGUACCAUGCCAUUCACCAAAUAUCUCUACAAGACCCAGAUAAACCCGCGAUCUGUUCGUGGGAUGGUGUCUUCACUUAUUCGCAGUUGAUGGAUGUCUCCCGCCGGUGGGCAUUCCAGUUACGAGAGCUGGGAGCUGGGCCCGGCGUGAUGAUUCCAGUGUGUUUCGAGAAAUCGUUGUGGGCCAUCGUCGCCAUGCUAGCCAUUAACCAAGCCGGGGCGGCGUUUGUGCCUCUCGACCCCUCUCAUCCAUCGGAUCAUCUGAGGGCCAUCAUCAGAACGUUGAACCCGAAGAUCACGCUCGCGUCUUCCUUACAACACGAACUCUUAGGAGAUAGCCUGCCCUGCAGCUGGCGGGUAAGCGAACCAUCGACAGCAGACCUCCCAGACCACGGCACAGAGCCGUUUCAUUCCGAACCGUCGGACUAUGCUGGGCCGGCAUAUUGUCUCUUCACCUCCGGAAGCACCGGCACUCCCAAGGGCUGCGUGGUGCAUCAUGCCGCGCUCGCCAGCGUCGCGGAUCAGACAGCAUCCCUGCACCUGGCCCGCUCCAGCCGUGUGCUCCAAUUUGCAUCAUUCAGCUUUGGCGUCUCGCUGAUUGAGAUAUGGUGUAGUCUGUGUGUGGGCGCCACGGUAUGCAUCCCGUCGGAUGCGGAUCGUCUGAAUCGGCUGCCCACCAUGAUUGCCACGAUGCAGGCCAACUGGGCCAUCUUGACGCCCACCAUACUUGACCUGCUCCAGCCAGAGGCCGUUCCUAGUCUACAGACUAUUGUGGUGGCCGGUGAGCCCCUGAAGGAGUCACAAAAGUCUCUCUGGGCCGGUAGGACUCGGCUGUUCCAGGGCUACGGGCUGACCGAAUGGGCCGGUAUCUUCAGUGUAUCGCCCCAGAUUCACACCAAGGACAAAGUGAGCAGCAUCGGAAUGCCACAGCACGGUUCGUGCUGGCUUGUCGACACGCAUGACCCCGAUCAACUCGUGGGGAUCGGCGUGGUGGGAGAACUCGUCAUCGAAGGCCCGAGUCUCGCGCAAGGCUAUCUGCAGGAUCCUCAUAAGAGCGCUAUAAGCUUCAUGAGCGAUCCCAGAUGGGCCCCGAAGGAAGCCAGUACCAAACACCAGAGGCAUAGGUUUUAUAGGACUGGAGACCUUGCCUUCUUCCGUUGCGACGGGUCGCUUCAGUACGUCGGCCGGAAGGACCUACAGAUCAAAAUCCGCGGCCAGCGGAUUACGUUGAGCGUGAUCGAGCAUCACCUGGCGCAUGGGAGUCCGGCUCUCCGUGGGGCCGUGGUGGAUGCCAUAACCCUUGCGGAUGAAGACCAGCUCCGUCUCGCUGCCUUUGUCCCGAGCGAGCAAAAGCCAGUCGAAGCUCCUGCACUUCAAGCCAAGGGGCAAAAAGAGACGAUCUUCGCCCUGCCUGAUCAGGCGUUCACGUCUAAGGCGGAUGCUGUCAAGAGGAGACUCCAAAGCCAACUGCCCCGGUAUAUGGUUUCUGAUAUCUUCCUCUGUGUGAACCAGCUUCCCGUCACGGUCACAGGGAAGAUAGCAAGAAGACAACUGCGUAAUCAGGUGGGAAUCCUGCGGACUGAGGAGUUAGCAGCCUUAACCGGGCUGGGCAACGCAGCCAACUAUACUGAACCCAGCACACCGCACGAGCGUCUGAUACAUGGCCUGAUUACGGAGCUGCUCAAACUGCCGCCGCACACCGUCGGCAUGGGACACAAUUUCUUCGCCCUCGGCGGUGAUUCCGUCCAGGCGAUGAAAGUGGUUAGUUCGGCCCGGCAGCGCGGGUUGGCACUCUCUGUCAAGGAUAUCUUUGAUGCGCCAGACCUGCGAACGCUGGCCCAAAAUGCUAAGGCCUCGUUGCAAUCAACGUCUCGCAAUCAUGCAAUCCCUCCAUUUUCGUUGUUACGGGCAGAGGCCAGACAGACGAUAGUCCAGGCAGCGUCGGAUAUAUGCCAUGUUCCUGUGCAGCAGAUCGAGGAUAUCUAUCCAUGCACGCCGCUGCAGGAGGGCAUGAUGGCGCUAGGGGAAAGCAGGCCAGGGACCUAUGUCGCGCGGUUCGUCUGUCAGAUUGACAGACAGGUCGAUAUUAGCCGUCUUCGCUCCUCAUGGGCCACUAUCGUGGCCGCCAACCCGAUCUUGCGCACGCGAAUAAUCCAGCUGGAGGGAAAUUGCAUGCACCAGGUAGUGCUGAAGGAAGACUUUAAGUGGGAUGCGGAUGACGAGUGGCACUCCUAUCUUGACAACAACCGGUACACGUCCAUGAAGCUAGGAGAUCCGCUGGUCCGCGGCGCUGUGCUCCGGGGCCGAGAGAAUCCUACGGCCAUGUUCCUAGUCCUAACGAUGCAUCACUCGGUGUGUGAUCGCUGGGCGGUAGGUCUUUUGCUCAAACAGCUCCACGCUGUGUAUCAGGGAGAGACUCCCAGAGAGCAUUCCUUUGCCACUUUUGUGAAGUACAUCAGUAAGAUCCAAGGGAGCAAGAGCCAAAGCUACUGGGAAAACCAAUUCGCCGGCCUGGAAGCAGAGUCCUUCCCUCCUUUGCCUUCGCAAGACUACAGACCAUGCCCAUCGGAGUCGCUCCAGCUCCAAGUGACUGGAGACGCACCCACCGGCGCGACGAUGUCUAGUUUCAUCCGACUCGCCUGGGCCCUUGUUAUCAGCCAGUACACUUCAACGAAUGAUACAGUGUUUGGUGUGACGGUUACUGGACGAAAUGCACCAGUCGACGAUAUUGAAAAUCUACCUGCCCCCACGAUUAGUACUCUUCCCCUUCGAGUCCAGAUCGAUCUGAACCGCCCCGUCAAAGACGGGGUGGCUGUUAUCCAGCAGCAGUCCAGCGAGAUGAUUCCAUUCGAGCAGGCCGGCCUGCAAAACAUCAGGAAAUAUAGCCGGGAGGCCCAAGACGCCUGCGGCUUCCAGACUCAUCUUGUCGUUCAACCAGCGUGGCAGGAUGACGAUCGAUCAGGACCAUUCCUCCGUCUGAUCGAAGACGGCGCCUCCGUGCAGCGGGGGUUUGCUUCGUAUACCAUCGUCCUUCUGUGCAGUCUCAGUAAAAGUGCGGAUAUCAAUAUCACCAGCGAGUUCGACCCAGAUGUCAUCCCGCCGAGCAUCAUGCAGCAUAUUCUCGGGCACUUUGGCCAUGUGCUCCAGUAUAUCCUCGCUCAUCCGAAUAGCAAGCUUCGGAACGUUCCAGUUAGCGACUUCGACGCCGCGAGAUUGAGGGAGUGGUGUAGGGUUGUGCCGCAGAGUCCGCCGGAAUGCGUCCAUGAAGUCAUACGGCAGCGCAUUAUUGAGGCGCCGAACGCGUGUGCGGUCCAUGCAUGGGACGGCAGCCUGUCCUAUGCUCAACUAGAUGGAAUGUCCACCCGACUCUCUGUUUGGCUUGCGCUUCAAGGGGUUGGGCCAGAGAUUUUCGUUCCCCUCUGCUUUGAAAAAUCCCGGUGGACGAUCGUUGCCCUCUUAGCAGUCAUGAAGGCCGGCGCGGCGUUUGUCCUCCUUGAUCCUUCGCAGCCACUUCAGCGUCUGACGGAUAUUUGCGAGCAGACCAAUUCCCCUGUGAUUCUGGCGUCGGAACAGAAUGCCGAUCUCGCUGCGCGCCUGCAAUUGACGGUCCGGGUCGUCAGUCAAGCAACCCUGUACCAACUGCCCGCCUGCCUAGAGAACCAGCGAGGCCCUGUUGUCCAUCCCAGCACGGCUCUCUACGUGGUUUUCACAUCCGGCUCAACUGGCACCCCCAAGGGUGUCGUCGUCGAACACCGGUCCUACUGCGCCGGAGCCAAGUUCCAUAUCCAAGGGCAUCGGAUUUCUUCACAGUCCCGUACGUUUCAAUUCGCCUCGUACGCUUUUGAUACCAGCAUUAUCGAAAUGCUAAGCACGCUUAUGGCCGGUGCCUGUAUUUGCGUGCCUUCAGAACACGAUCGCCAAAACGACUUGGCCCGAGUGGUGGAGGAGAUGGCCGUCACCCACGCGUUCUUGACGCCCUCAGUGGCCCGCGCUCUGGCUCGGGCAUGCACACAUCCGUUCGAGGUCGUCAUCCUAGUCGGCGAGCCAAUGACGGCGUCGGACAUUGCAUACUGGACGCAACACGCGCGGCUGAUGAACGAGUACGGACCGGCCGAGUGCUCGGUUUGCGCCACCCUCAACCCGGAGGUGGGCCAGGGCUCUGAUCCCCGCGAUAUAGGGAAGGGGGUGGGUGCCGUCUGCUGGAUUGUUGACCCGGAGGACCAUGACCAUUUACGACCCAUCGGAGCUACGGGCGAGCUUCUGAUCGAAGGGCCCAUCGUCAGCCGUGGCUACCUGGGAAAUCCCAUGUUAACCGCGGAGAAGUUCCUUGCUGACCCCCCUGCGUGGCUACGCGAAAUCCGCCCGGACGGUCCACGGACUCGGUUCUACAAGACGGGGGACCUGGUGCGGUAUAACCCAGAUGGCUCGCUACAAUACGUCGGCAGGAAGGAUACGCAGGUCAAGCUGAGGGGGCAGCGUGUUGAACUGAGCGAGGUGGAGAACGGCAUCCGCUGCUGUAUGACCGGGAUUAUCGAUGUCGUGGCCGAGACUUUCGUUCCCCGGGGAGGGACACAGGGCCAGCCGUGUCUGGUGGCAUUUAUCUGGAGUGCAUAUCAGGAUCAGUGCCCCAACAAAACCAGUGACGACGGUCCGUUGGCAUCGGUCACAGACGCAUUCCACGGUCAGGUCGCAGCGUGUCUGGAGGACCUCGACAAGUUCCUACCACGCUACAUGAUCCCGGAUGUUUUCAUCCCGUUGCGGCAGAUCCCAACCAAUGUGUCAGGAAAGGCAAACCGGCGCUUCCUGCGUGAGUUUGCGGGGAAGUUGUCCUGGGCCGAGCUGGCCGCAUACCAGCCAAAAGUAGAGGAUCGGCAGACGCCCAUGAGUGAGGCAGAACGGACAAUGCGUGGGGUUUGGACCCAGGUUCUGAACGUAGCACCAGAGCAGAUUGGGAUUAAUGACAGUUUCUACCAUCUGGGGGGAGACUCGAUCAGCGCAAUGCAGGUGGUGGCUCUGGCCCGGUCCAACGGGCUGUUUACCUCGGUUCAGCACAUCCUACGCCAUCGAAGUAUCGCGAGGAUCGUCCAGCAUAUUCAGAAACCGAGCACGCGAGAAAUAGAGGAGGAUGAAGUGCCAGGACUUCCCUUUGGCUUGUCGCCUAUCCAGAAAAUGUUCUUUGAUAUCCAGGCCAAUCCGCGUCAGCAAUACAACCAAUCGUUUCUCCUGCGUCUGUCUUCUACCAUCGAGAUGAGAGAUCUUGAGCGAGCUGCUCAGGCGGUGCUCAAGAAACAUUCCAUGCUGCGGGCGCGCUUCAAGCAGCAACCGGACGGACAAUGGAGCCAAAUGAUCACCGAUACGAGCGACGGCUCAUAUCGUUGCAAGAUGCAUACCCUGUCCAAGCGCGGCGAAUGGGAUUACAUCCUCGCGAGGGCCCAGCAAGCAAUCAAUAUCGAGACAGGACCUGUCUUCUCGCUCGAUUUGUUAAGUGCCGCGUCUGAUGGCCAGUAUCUCUUUCUCGUUGCACAUCAUCUAGUGACAGAUCUCGUGUCCUGGCGCAUCAUUCUCUCUGACCUAGAGGCAUUGCUGGGGAAUCCGACAGCGACAGUGACAGUCGGCAAACCCCAGCCGCUCUCAUUCCAGGUGUGGUGUCGGCUACAGGAGCAGUACAGCCAGCAACAUCUGGAUCCUACCACGGCAUUGCCGGCAGAAGCACAGAGCCGGUCGUUGUCCGAUCCUCGACCCUUCUGGGGACUCACUGGUCAGGCAAAUGUGAUGGGAGAUAGGGUCGUUGAACAAUUUACCGUGGCUAGCGACCUCACGCAGCAGCUGCUAGGACCAGCAAACGCGGCAUUAAAUACACGCCCAGAAGAAAUCUUCCAUGCGGCCCUGCUGUCCGCUUUUAUACGCGUUUUUCCAGACCGGGCCCAAAGCCUACCUUUGAUCUUCGUGGAAGGCCACGGCCGAGAGCCGUGGGACGCCGCGGUCGAUUUAUCAGAGACAGUGGGAUGGUUUACCACGCUCUACCCGGUGUCGGUGCAAGUAAGCGACAACGCGAGCCUCAUCGAGAUCCUCCGGUUGGUCAAGGACACGCGCCGCACAAUACCGCAGAAAGGAUGGGCAUACUUCAACUCCCGGUAUCUGCACCCCGAGGGACGGGCUCGAUUCAAGACAAAGAGCCCCAUGGAGAUCAUCUUGAAUUAUGCAGGAGAAUACCAGCAAUUCGAGCGCCCCGACGCGCUAUUCGUCCCUGACAGCCAUAGUAUUCUCGGGUCGCUCGACGCCGCGGAUGAGAUCGAGCGACUCGCUCUGUUUGAUGUCUCGGUCUCGGUGCAACGUGGCUGCCUAACGUUCGAAUUCAUGUACAAUCGCCGGAUGGGCCAUCAGCGGGCGAUCAAGGAAUGGAUCCAGGCAAGUAGGGACGGCCUCGCUCAGGCGUGCAGAGUCUUAGUGGACGCUUCGCCGCAACCCACGCUUUCGGACUUUGCGCUGUUGCAAUUGCCUUAUGAAGAGUUUGGCCGGCUGGUCUUUGAGACUCUACCGGAGCUGGGGGUGCGGACUGACAAUAUAGAGGACAUAUACGUCUGCUCUCCGGUUCAGCGUGGGAUGCUGCUGUCUCAGGCAAAAGACGGAGGCCUCUAUAAUGUCCGGGUGACCUGGAAGAUUGAGCAAGCAACUUCCGCCACUGCCGGCUUACGGCGGAUUGGAGACGCGUGGCAACAGGUGGUCAACCGGCAUGCUGCACUGCGUACUAUCGUCGUCGAAACAGGGUCGUCUGAAUCUUACCUGGUGCAGGUCGUCCUGAAAAGCGUCACUCCAGACAUCGUACACAGCGAGAGUCCUCCAGGUAGUGAUCAUCAUCACCGCCAUCCCUGGCCAAAGGGCCGGCCUUUACAUCGAAUGACUCUGGUCAAGGAGAACGAGGCCUUUCUAUGCCAUAUCUGCAUCAACCACGCAAUGGUGGACGCCACCACAAUGGAUAUCCUCUACCGGGACUUUGAGCUCGCGUAUCACGGCAAGCUGCCGGCUCAUCCGGCUCCUCCGUUCCGGGACAUCAUCUCAUACCUACGCCAACACCCCCCGGAGGAGGCCAGAAGCUACUGGACCGCGUAUCUCUCAGGCGUCCUGCCGUGCCACUUUCCGCGCCUCGAUUUCACGAAGCAGCGAUCGGAUCGAGAGCAUAUCGCGCGCAUACACCUCUCUGCACGCGACAAGCUGGAUGCAUUCUGCCGGACUCGCAACGUGUCUACGUGGAGCGUGAUCUGCCUUGCGUGGACGCUUGUCCUGCGGUCUUUCACCUACUCCGACGACGUGUGUUUCGGGUACGUCAAAUCUGCGCGGGACCUGCCCAUCGAGAAUGUCGAGGACAUCGUAGGACCCUUGCUCAAUGUGCUGCCUUUACGGAUGUCCGUGAGCGAGGUAUUGACAGUGGAUGCGGCCGUCCAGGCUAUUAAGGAUGACUACCUUGGCAGUCUUGCGCAUCAAACUUUCGCCUUGUCGGACAUGCACCGUAUUGUCGAAGGGUCGAAUCAGGCGCUGUUCAAUACUAUUGUCGAUGUCCAGCGCAGGGACCAGGGUAGUGAGGAGACACCAAGGUCAAUUUGCAAGGUGAGCAAGGAGGAGGUAACAGAGUACGAUCUGGUGCUGUCGGCGGACGCCUUCGGCUCAGAAAUCGACGUUCAGCUGAGAUACAAGACGAGCUGCGUUUGCGAGGAGCAGGCGACUAGCAUCCUGGCAACAUUUGAGAAAGCUCUACAGGGCAUCAUCGCCGACGAUCAGAAAUUAGUCCAGCAGAUUGAGCUGUGCAGUGAACAUGACGAAACCCUCCUCUGGAGCCGGAACAAGUCUGUCCCUCCAAGCGUCGAGGCCUGCGUCCAUGACUUGAUCAGCAAGCAUCACGGUGAUAUGCCGGCCGUCUGCGCGUGGGACGGCGGCUUGACGUACCGCCAACUAGACCGGAUCUCGUCGCGGCUGGCAAUGCAUCUCAGGACGCAGGGGGCCGGCCCAGGGGUCAUUAUUCCGCUCUGUUUCUCCAAAUCGCGCUGGACGCCCGCGGCGAUGCUGGCAGUCAUGAAAUCCGGCGCCGCGUUCCUUGUUCUUGACCCGUCGCACCCAUAUCAGCGAUUGAAAGAGCUCUGCAGCAAGGUUGACUGUCAAAUGAUCGUUUCUGCGGAAGGUCAUACACAGCUAAGCUCAGAAUUAACCUCCAAUAUCAUAAUCUUGGGUGACAACCACACAUCCUGGCCGUCCACCGCUCAGGCGCUGCCCCGCGUCCGCCCCGAAGACGCGCUAUACGUAGUCUUCACCUCUGGAUCAACAGGCAGCCCGAAGGGCGUGGUGAUCGACCACCGCGCCUACUGUACCAGUGCAUCGGCACAUACGCCCAUCCUAGGGCUAGAUUCGACCUCCCGGGUGGCGCAGUUUUCGUCUUACGCGUUCGACGUGAGUAUCAUGGACCACCUGACGACACUGAUUGCGGGCGGGUGCAUCUGCAUCCCGUCCGACUCGCAGCGCCAUGACGACCUGGCUGAGACCAUCAGGCAAUUCCGGGUCACCCACGCAGUUCUGGUCCCGUCUGUCGCGCGCCUGCUCCCUGCCGACGGUCUGGACUCGCUGUCGACGUUAGCGAUGAUCGGCGAAAGCAUGACUGGGACGGAUGUCGCUCAGUGGGCAGGCAGCGUGCGGCUGAUUAACACGUACGGGCCCGCAGAGUGUUCCGUCAUGGCGACGGCUCAGACCUCGGUCAGGUUAGACACCGAUCCCGGGAAUAUCGGGCAUCCGAUGGGGUGCGUGUGCUGGGUGGUCCACCCUGGGAAUCUCCGGCAGCUGGUGCCCAUCGGUGCCGUUGGAGAGCUCGUCAUCGAGGGCCCGAUAGUCGGACGGGGAUACAUCAACGAUCCGACCAAGUCGGCAGAGGCGUUCGAGCUCUCGCUUCCCUGGUUGGGGCAGAACCGACCGCCUCAUGACCGUCACGGUGUGUACCGAACCGGCGAUUUGGUCAGGAUGCACCCGGACGGAACCUUCACGUUUAUCGGACGCCGGGACAAUCAGGUCAAGCUUCGAGGGCAGCGGAUUGAGCUGGGAGAGGUGGAGGAGCAUAUUCGACAAUGCUGCACUGGUGCUAGCGAGGUCGUGGCCGAGGUGUUGAUUCCCCCGGGGGCCAGCAACCCGCAGCUUGUGGCCUUUGUGUGGAUAUCAAGCCUUACAAGUAGUUCGGCCGCGGACGUCCUGGCUGGAUUCACCGACGAGUUCCAAGCCUUUGUGUCUGAUACCGAGACGAGUCUUCGGCAGGCUGUCCCUGCAUUCCUGAUGCCGUCAAUCUUCAUGCCUCUUGCCCGAAUUCCGCGCACGGGGUCCGGAAAGAUCGAUCGAAGGAGAAUUCGUGAUGCCUUUCUAAGUCUCCCGGCCGGUGCACUUGAUCCAAUUCGCCGAAGGAAAGCACCGAAAGUCGAGCCAACGACGCAUGCAGAGCGACAACUGCAGAAGAUUUGGGCCGAGGUCCUCCAUCUUCCGCUGGAAGAGAUUGGCGCCCAUGACCACUUUUUCCAUCUUGGCGGCGACUCGAUUGAUGCCAUGAAGGUGGCUGCUUUGUCCCGCGCUGACGGACUCGCUGUCGGUGUCAGCGACAUUUUUAACCAGCCGGUGUUGACACACCUUGCCAACACGGCAGCUCCGUUGGCGCAAGGCCAGGUCCGACAGUUUGAGCCGUUCAGUCUGUCGAGGGUGGACGCGGGUCCCAAGGCUCUCUCUGAUAUGAUACUGAGUAAAGGGAUGGUGCCUUCUCCAGUCCAGGUAGUCGACGCUCUCCCGGCAACCGAGGUCCAGGAAUUUUUUAUCAGACGGAACACGCUGCACUAUUAUAAUUUCCGUCUGCGCGGCAGACUCGAUAUCGAUCGACUCCGUGCCGCGUGUGACGAGGUGAUGUCCCGUUUCAGUAUCCUGCGCACCGUCUUCCUGGACCGUCCCGGCAGCUACGAGCAGCUUGUCCUUGAAGGGGUUCGUCUACCGUUUGAGCAUUACACUUUUGGUCAGGAUUUCGUCUCCAAAGCUCAAGCCCUCUGGGAAGACGAUCGAUCGCAUUUUGAGAUUGCCCGCGAGCUGCCCGUCCGCUUCAUCCUGGUCUCUGGUUCCGACACGGACCAUCUGUUUACGAUUCGCAUCUCCCACGCGCAGUGGGACGGCGUGUCCAUGCCGUUCCUCUUUCAAGAUCUGGCUGCCGCGUACAAUGGCAUCGCCUUGACACCCACCUCGGGCUUUUCAGACGUAAUCUACCAACGAGCCGUGCAGCGCGGCGAGGCCGGGUUUAGCUUCUGGCGCGAAUAUCUGGAUGGAGCUGUCAUGACCGUCCCUUUCCCACUCACCCCAGAGCGCAAUGUGCAGCCGCAGCAUGGUCAAACAUUAUGGCAUGUUCAAGAAACGGCGCUACCACAUCUCCCCCCGGGCUUCACCAUGGCCACGCUCGUCAUCGCCGCAUGUGGAUUCCACCUCGCGCGCCUCAUGUCGCGCACCGACCUCACCUUCGGCCAAACCGUGAACGGCCGCAGCAUGCCGCUCGAUAAGAUCGACGUGAUCUUAGGGCCCUGCUUGAACUUCAUCCCACUGCGCCUGCGCCUCCAACGCUCCUGGACGGUGCGGGAUCUCCUGCGGCACGUCCAGGAACAGUACGUGCGCCCCCUGCAGUAUGAUUACCUGGAGCUGCGGGAUAUCGUCCGGCAGAGCACGGACUGGCCCGCGGGGACUGAGUUUGGCUUCAUCGUGCAGCAUCAGAAUAUCCAGUUGCAGCAUGAGCUUCCUUUGGAUGGAGAUGUCCAGGCGGAGUAUUCGUUGUUUCCGCAGUUUGAUCCCGUACAGGAAGUUUUUGUUUUUUCGGAACCGCAUGAGAGUCAUUUGGAGAUGCAGGUGUGCGCCAAUAGUCGGGUUUUGGCUCCAGAUUCUGGGAAGGCGUUGGUUAAGGCUCUUUGCGAGACGCUGGAGAUGUUUGCUAAUGAUCUGGAUAUGGUCCUGCCUCUGCCUCGGUGGUCUUAG